UCCCUCCCAAUUAAGAAACCCACUAAACACAUUCCCUCACAAACCCGAUUACUUCACAAACUCCAUUCCCGGCCGCACACCAUAGCGCAGCGAUUGCCGCCUGCACACCGGAGCGUUUGCCGCCUGCAAACCGGAGUUUCAGCCGCCUUCUGCACACUGGUGCUGCCGCUACGCUGCAGCGUUGAACCCUUCAGUCACAACUCAAAUAACCCACGACAGAAAUGGAUCGUAGUUGGAUAUCAACAACAAAGUCGGGUGACCCUAAAUAUGUUGCGGGUGUUAGAUAAUUUGUGAAUUUUGCUGUUAAGAAUAGUCAAUUGAGUUCUAAAUUACCUUGUCCGUGUUAUAUGUGUCAUAACUUAAUGCAUCAUAGAGUUGAUGAAAUUCUCAAACACUUAAAUAAAUGGGCAUUUGAUAGAACAUACACCAGUUGGAUAUGGCAUGGUGAACCAAAGGAAAUAUCUUCAACAAGUAGUAGUACUAGAUAUGAUGUGCCGGAAGAUUAUACGGAUGAGGGUGAUAGACUAGAUGACCUAUUACGUGAAGCUGCUAGUAGUGCUCCUGAAAAACCAGAAAUAUUUGAGAGUUUGGUUCAUGAUUCUGAAACACCCCUGUAUGCUGGCAGUAAGCAUUCAAAACUGUCUAGUGUACUUAGGUUAUAUAAUAUGAAAGCAGGAAAUGGUUGGAGUGAUAAGAGUUUUACUCAACUGCUUGAAUUUUUGAAAGAGGUACUUCCUGAUGAUAAUGUCCUUCCUAAGGGAACUUAUGAGGCGAAAAAAAUAUUAUGCAAAAUGGAUUUGCAAUAUGAAAAAAUACAUCCUUGUCCUAAAGAUUGCAUAUUAUUUAGAAAUGAGCAUGAAUCGUUGAAGACUUGCCCGGUAUGCAAUGCCUCACGGUAAUUCAAAUACCCAUAGUACUUGGCCGGUAAUUUUAGUGACUUACAAAUUACCUCCUGAGUUGUGCAUGAAAGGAAAGUACAUGAUGUUGUCAAUGAUAAUUUCUGGGCCAAAGCAACCAGGAAAUGACAUCGAUGUGUACCUAACUCCUCUAGUUGAGGAUUUGAUAUUGUUGUGGGAAAAAGGUGUAGACGUUUAUGAUGCACAUCGAAAUGAAAAUUUCAAUUUGCGGGCAUUAUUGUUCACUACCAUUCAAGAUUAUCCAGCUUAUGGCAAUCUCUUAGGAUAUACGGUCAAAGGAAAAACAGCUUGCCCUAUAUGUGAGAAUGGUACCGAAGGGAAGUGGUUAUCAGCAUCUGGUAAAAUGGUUUUUAUGGAAUAUCGUCACUACCUUCCAGAAGAUCAUCCUUAUCGUAAGCAAAAAAAGGUUUUUAAUGGGGAACAAGUAUUUGAGAAACGUCCAAAGAUCUUGAUUGGUGAACAAGUGUUUAAAAAGGUGAAGGACAUCCAAAUUACAUUUGGUAAGAAAAAGGAACACAAAGAUGCAAUUCCUUCGAAGGGGUACAAGAAGUGUUCAGUAUUAUGGCGUCUGCCUUAUUGGAUAUUCCUCUUUGUGAGGCAUUCUCUUGAUGUGAUGCACAUUGAGAAGAAUGUGUGUGAUAGUGUAAUUGGUACUUUGUUGAACAUCCCCGGUAAGACAAAAGACGGAGUUAAAGCUAGAGCGGACUUGAGGGAACUUGGAAUUAGAGAAGAACUCCAUGUCGUUGAGUUGAAUAAUAAGAAACGAAAAUAUCUACCUCCGGCAGCUUAUACGUUAUCUAGAAAAGAGAAAAUUGAAAUUUGUGAAAGUUUGGCCGGAGUUAAAGUUCCUGAGGGUUAUUCUUCUAAUAUUCGUAACCUUGUGUCAAUGGAAUAUUUUAAGCUUGUGGGUCUUAAGUCUCAUGAUUGUCAUGUUUUGAUGUAACAUCUUUUACCAGUGGCCAUUCGUUCUAUUUUACCUAAAAAAGUCCGU